CCGAACCGAACAGAAGUUGCGAGCCGAAAAAACCGAAAAUCCGAGCCGAUAGAGAGCAGGACGCGUAGUCGCGCCUCGGCGCUUGCAACGGGAUCUCCCCCACUUCCAGAUUGAUAGAUAGAUAGAUAGAGAGAGAGAGAGAGAGAGAGAGAGAGAGAGACGCCAUGGCGACGACCGGCAAUAAGGAAGGAGACUGGGACUUCCACCUGAGAUCACUCUCGGCCAACGCCAGGGAUUCCUCCUCCGCCAGCGAUCCCGCCUCAGAUCCUUAUCUCCUCCAAUCGGUUAGAAAGAUAUACGAUAUUUGCAAGGAGGGAGGAUCGGAGGAGUUGGUGGCUCGGGCAUAUCCGCAGAUCAACAAGCUUUUCCACCGAUGCAUCACCGCCUUGCCGCAGUCCCAGACCUCCAAUGGCCUUCUACUGCUUACUAUCCUUCAAUUUUUUCUUGAUUUUGGAGAAGUGGUUCUACAUGAUGCUGAUCCUAGUUUAAGGACCUUUUUCCGUUCAUGCUUAAGUAGGGAGUUUUCAGACCCUGUUGUUGCGGAAGCGACCCUUGACUUUCUUAACUUGAACAUGAAAAAACUUCUCAUUUCAUUUCCCACUUUACUCCCACAGUUCUUCCCAUUGCUGCUAAAGUUAAUUGCUUGGAACGGAGAGAGAUUUGAGAAAUCUUUUUUGAUGAUUCUUCCAGCGAUGAUGUCAACUGGGUCAUUUCUUCCCCUUUUUCUAUCACUCUUGGAUCUGCCAAUACUGAUAGUGGCAUUGGAAAAGGUAGAAAGAAGCUCAGGAACUCUCAUUGGCAGUAGCAUAGCUUCUAUCCAGAAGAGUACGGCUCCUGAGAUGCUACUUGCACUCAUGGAUGAAGCUUAUACUGGAUCAGCCAUAGAAGAUCGGGGGGGUGAUUCUGGUUCCGAUGAUAAUAAUACAAUAGAUGUUGCUGACCCAGUGUUUCUUGACCUUCUAAAAGACGAGAAUGAUGGGCUUGCUAUGCGCCAUUGGACCUCUCCUUCGAUGGUUUCAUUAUUGCAAGCUACUACCAACGCCCCUCAGUCUGAUAGGCUGAGACAAGCACUUUAUAUGACACCUCGGUUUCUUGCUCUAUAUUUUACAACAGCAUUGAGAGAUGUCAAUGAUUCAAUGUUAUGUGCAUUACUUCCACUUCUUAUGUCGAGAUUUGAUACAAUGUUCCCGGACAAGGUUUUCUCUUUUGAGGUUCGAAAGAGGUUUUCAGAUUUCAUGCUAGCUGCAUUUCAACGAUCACCUGAUUUUAUUGCACUGCUGAAGAAACCUAUCACAGACAGACUUGGGGAAGCAUAUGACAGUCCUGCCAAGACAGAGUUGGCAUUGCAUUUGUGUUGGGCCAUUGGGGAGCAUGGAGCUGGUGGCAUCUCUCACAAGGAUGUGGCUCGUGAGCUAUUUGAGAGCUUAGAAUUGCUUUUAUAUGAGAAUCUUUCAUCUAGUCGUUUGGGCUUGGGACAGGAGUCAGCUGUUGACUCAAAUAUUGCUGCUUUUAGAAAAUCUUCGCAAGCUAGACUUCUUUGCUUUGUGGUGACAGCAAUCGCGAAACUUGCAACGUGCCACAAUGAGCUACUUCCAAGGGCUCGAGUGUCAUUAGCUAAGGUGGCUCGUUCUCGAAACUCAGACAGGAGGGUCUGGAGACGUGCUAGUGAUUAUUUGGGACUAAUGAGUGAACCAGCAAUCUGCUUGUCUGUUUUGGGAUCCUCAACAAGGCAUGUCAAUGGUCCUGGCAUUGUCAAUUGGAGUGAAGGAGGAUCGAAGAUGAUUGCUCAUAUUCCAUUUUACAUUCUUAACGAACAAGAAGGUCCGCCCUUUCAUGACUUUUCCUUCUUUGAUGUCUUUCCAAGAGUAUGAGAUAUAAUGUUCUGGAAAGGUGUCAGUAAAUAUUUGUAUGACCUUGAAUCGGUGAGGGGCUAGAACAGAGUGGACUACGUCUGCAAAUUAUGAUGGCAGAAACAAUGUUAAGAAUUUUACGGUGCACAAAAAUGACAAGAUAUCCUCUACAAUCUUCCAGAGAUGCAAUUUUCAUUCCCAAGGAAUUGAGGAAGGCUCCUCUGAAAUAACUAAAUGUGUGCUUCAUUCUUCUUUGACUGGCAAUCUUGAUGUCAUAUUUGCUUUGUCCCAUCAGCUGGCAGGUGGUUGGCACGGCCCUGUAUCUGCCCAUCAAUGAUGUCUAUUUGAGGCAACUAAAGCAUGGUUGCAGAAUGAGAGAGGAGCUCCAGAAACUGUACAAAAGGGUCAAUAAGUCAAAAUGGCCUUGGUCAAUAGAUCUUUGAAUAUAAAAAAAUGUGUGACAUGUAAAACAGAUUUCGUUAUGGUUUCUAAAAAUAAUUUUUCUGGGAGACUGAAAUAAAAUGCAAACAUCUGUAUUCUUAUCAUAUUCAACAUAUUAAGAUUUCUGAUGACAUCUUUUGUAUGGACAUUUAAUAUUGCUAUGUUUCACUAGCGGCAAUUAUUGAUUUAAUCUAUUCCAACGUUAAAGCA